AUUCUUGUUCAAAUGAAAGUCAGAAGAAAGCAUAGAACAAGUAUAUAACCAGGAGUCUGAAGAGUCUGAAAAUGCAGAGCUCAAGAUAUUUGGUCCUCCAGUUCUGCCUCAGUUUGGCAGUGUCAGUUGGAUCUUGUACCGGCAAACCAUUAAGUGAUGUAACUCAAUGGGAAUACACUGAGUUCUUGCGGAUGGUGGAGCAUGACCUUGAAGAAGGAGAAGAAGAAGAAGAAGAUGAUGAACAGGAAGAAGAACUGAAUUUUAGUUUGGAGAGCUUUCUAGGAACCAUGAAAAAGGAAUUUCUGAGGAAUCUGAAUUUAUCAGGUGUACCCCAGGAGCACAGCAAAAUCAAUCCUCCUCAAUUUAUGGUUGAACUAUACAACAAGUAUGCCUCUGACAAGUCUUCUAUCCCUCGCUCUGAUGUCAUUCGCAGCUUCAUAAUACAAGAUGUAACUCAUUCUGAAAGAAAUGGCAACAAGACAAAACACAGACUUCUUUUCAACAUUUCUGUCCCCCAACAUGAAGAGGUCACUAUGAUGCAAUUAAGGUUAUUCACCACAUGGGAUUCAGAUAUUAUAACCUGUGAUGAAGUUAUAGCCUUGAUUAAUAUUUAUGAUGUGGAGUACAAACUGAACCAACCCACUUUGCACCUGCUGGAUGGAAAAGAGCUGACUGAGACCAAAUCUUCAUGGUUGGCUUUUGAUGUGACUGCUGCCAUCCAGGGCUGGUUUCAUUCAGGGCGCAGUGGAGGAGAGCUGGAGGUGGAGAUAGAACAGCCAGACUGUGGCUUUUUAAAAAGUGGUGGUUGUGAUGUGAGCCUUAGCUUGCAAGAUAACACCUCAGCUGUUCUGAUUGUAUUCUCUGAUGAUUUGGAAAGUAGAAAGAGAGAGCUGAAAAAGGAGAUGAGAGAGAUGGUACUUCAGGAACAAGGAACGAGGGCCCCUGAGGAACGAGGGGCCUUGUUGGGGCCAGAUCUCAAAGAGGAUGAUAGCAACCAGGAUCCUAUCAACCACCCACGGAAGAAAAGGCAUGCGCGGAAGAACUAUUGCCGAAGAACCUCUCUGAGAGUCAACUUCAAAGAUAUUGGUUGGGACAAGUGGAUUGUGGCUCCACCAGAGUAUGAUGCCUAUGAGUGCAAGGGGGUGUGCUACUUCCCUCUGACAGAUGAAGUAAGCCCAUCCAAACAUGCCAUCAUCCAAGCUUUAGUUAACCUAAGCAACCCAAAAAAGGCUAACAUGGCAUGCUGCGUCCCCACGAAACUGGACCCGAUAACAGUGAUGUACCAAGAGAAUGGUGUCAUCACAGUACGACACCUCUAUGAGGAGAUGAAAGUGGCUGAGUGUGGAUGUAGGUAGUGAGAUGUUGUAUAUAUUUCUGUAGAGUAUGUUUGUUCAUUCUUUUUGUUUCUUAAUUUAAUAAGUAAUAUGUUCGGUGCACUCACAGUGUUGUUGCCCCCUAGUGGCUCUAUGAUCUGGGUAAUCAACGCAUAAAUAUUUGAUGUUGAAACUGUUACAGCCAUAUAUCCAUUUGCUUUUUUUUUAACAUAGCUUGGAAGUUGAAAAACGCCAAAUUGUAACUAUGUUGAGAUGUAUUUUUCAAUAUGAAGAAGAAAUCCAAAACAUCUGUGUAAACUUGGAUGGUCAUUUGAUGUUUUAGAUUCUAGGCUUUAUCAAACGUAUGGAACUGUUUGAGAAAUUUAUAAUUGCUAAUGUCACCAUUUUUGAACAGAAACAAGAUGUAAUGUCAGAUAUAACAGGUUUGACAGGAUAUAAACAUUACUUCAUCAAAUCUGUGAUUCCAUAACUAAUUUUAUGGUUGCUGCAGUUUUGAGAGUGUAAUUAAAAAUGUAACAUGUAAUUCAUAGGCACCAGCAUUGCUUGCAUUACAUAAUGUAUAUUCAAAACAUUAUCCAUUACAUGUUACAUUUUAUGUUGGAGAAAAUAACAAACUGCUUUUAAAUGUUUGAUUACUUAUAACAUGCCAUUAAUUAAUUGCACGUAAAUAAUUUUUGAAAAUCUCCAAAUACUAAAAAAAUCUCCAAAUAUCAUUUGCAUUAUAUAUUG